AUGGCGACAAACUUCGAGAUAGUUAUCAUUAAAAUUUAGACAUUUAGAAAUUUUGAAAAUUUUAUCGUAUAUAUGAAUACUGAAAAUACUAUUAAUUAAUAAUAGAAAUAUAAGCUAAAUCAAUUAUCGAAUUUAUGGUAUAAGUAUACGAUUAUAGAGGCUGCAUUACUAAAUUUGGUUCAAGGUGCUCCUACUAUUGAUAUUUAUUUGGAUGGAUUAGAAACAAGAAAAAUAGCAAGAUUCAAUGACAAGUAAUAAGGUUUGAUUGGAUUGCCUGUAUAUUCAGUAUAAAAUAAAAUUAAAAGAUGAGGGCAAUGAUGAUAUUACAGGUCUGGUAGAUUUGAAGAUGAAUAAAAAUAAGAAGAUUGAUCACUUAGGGUUGAGAAUUGAAUUAUUAGGGAGAAUUGGUAAUUAAGAAGAAAUAAAUAAGAAAUAAUUAAUGAUUAGAAAUAGUCUUCAGAUUUUAUAUCUUUAGGGAAAGAACUGGAAACAUAAGGAAUUAUAAUGGAGGAUAAAACAUAUAAAUUCUAAUUUAAUAAAUUUGAAAAACAAUAUGAAAGUUAUUAUGGAAAGGAAGUAAAAUUAAGGUAAAUAAUAUAUGAAUGGUAUCUAGAUAUUAUUUACGUGUUAUUUUAUAAAGGAAUUAUGGAUAAGUGAAAAAGGAAGUAGAAUUUGCUGUAUAAAUAGGAGAGUAAGAAUAGGUAGAUUAAGGAUAGAGUACAUUAAAAUUAGAAGUAGGAAUUGAAGAUUGUUUACAUAUUGAAUUUGAAUAUUUUAAAUCAAGAUAUCAUUUAAGGGAUGUUGUAUAAGGAAAGGUGAACUUUUAUUUAGUUAAUAUAAAAAUAAAGAAUAUGGAGUUAGUAUUGAUUCGUAAAGAAUAGAUAGGUAUAGGUAGUAGUUAAUAAAUUGAUAAUGAGACAUUAAUAAAAUAUGAAUUGAUGGAUGGAUGCCCAUAGAAAGGGGAAGUAGUACCAAUCCGUCUUUUUUUGAGUGGUAUUAAUAUGUCACCUAGUUUUAAUAAUGUGGGUGGGAAAUUUAGUGUGAAAUAUAUUUUAAAUUUGAUAUUGUUAGAUGAGGAUGAUAGAAAAUAUUUUAAACAGCAAGAGAUUAAAGUUUAUAGAAAGAGAUGAU